AUGCCAGGCGUCAUCAAGGCGGGAGAAGCAGCGGUGCUAGCGAUCACCACCCCCAGACCUCCCACGCUGAGCAAGCCACUCACGAAGCUGCUGGGUCGUCUGGGGACUCUGCUGCUGCUGCUGCCUCUGACCAGCCCCCGUGCCUCCACCCCGACCGCCACCUCCACCGCCACCACCUCCCCGGCCGCCACCGCUGCUGCCACUGCCGCCGCCACCGCCGCUGCCACCCCCUCUGCCACCACCGCCUCCACCGCCACUACCGACGCUACCAGUCCCGCCAGCACUCCCGCCGCCACUCCCCCCGCCACCUCCUCCUCCUCCACCGCCUCCACCACCACCCCGCCCGGUGUCACCUCCGCUACUCUUGGCUCCCUUGCCCUUACCGCUUCGGCGCCUCCCACUAGGAGCAGAAGCAGCACCAACAGACUCAGCACCAAGGUAGUCAACAGUAGCGGCAGUAGCGUAGGAGGGGGCAAGGGGAGAGGGAGAGCACCCCUCAAAGAUGGGGGUGCGAGGAGCGCCACGAGAAGCACCUAG